GGAAGAGCUGCAGCGGCGCGUCGACCGGCGGAAAGUGAAAUGUUCAAACACGUUUUUCUGACGGGACCUCCAGGUGUGGGGAAAACCACUCUGGUCCAGAAAGCUUGUGAGGCUUUAGUGUCAUCGGGCGCGGGAGCUGAAGGGUUUUACACAGAGGAGGUCAGGGAGGGAGGCCGGAGAGUCGGCUUUGAUGUAGUCACGGUGACGGGAGAGAGGGGCCACCUGUCCAGAAUCAGAGACGUUACCGGUUCAUCUCAUGGCAGACAGUACACAGUUGGGCAGUAUGUGGUGGACUUGCCUUCAUUUGAGAACUUGGCUCUCCCCCUCUUCAGAAACUUGUGCACGCCCAUCCUCCGUCCCCAGGUAGGGGCGGCAGACGGGGGCGGCAGGAAGGUGUUCAUCAUUGACGAGAUUGGCAAAAUGGAGCUCUUCAGCCAGUCGUUCGUCAGGGCAGUGAGACAGACUUUGGACAGCUCCUUCUGCACCAUCCUGGGCACCAUCCCCAUCCCCAAGGGUAAACCACUGGGUCUCGUGGAAGAGGUGCGGAGCAGGCGAGAUGUCAAGGUUUUCACUGUGUCGAAGGAAAACAGAAAUGGCAUUUUACAAGACAUUCUAGCAGAACUAGAGAAUUGUCUCAAACACCGCACCUAGUAUUGAGCUUUCAAGCGGCUGAAAAUUGAAAGACAUUACUGCAUUUUCUUUCUUUUAAGUUUUAUGUGGGUCAAUGCAUAUACAGUACACACGGCAACGCUGUUGAGUGGAUCCACACACGCUUCAUAAUUGUGUUUUGACCUAAGCUGAGGGGCAUGCAGAGCUGCUUCAGUGUGUCACAUGCAUGUAUUUAUGUCCACAAUUCUUUUCUUUUUUUGUUGUUAUUCUCAUACAGCCUUUAAAAUGGAUUGCAUGCUGAAUAAUUGAUUGUGAGAUAGAACACAGCGGGGGAAUUGUUCAGUUAGUGUGUAAAUAUCUCGUGCUCUCAGAGUCAAAGGCGGCUAAUAACGGCUCUUGUUAUAGACACUCCGGCAGGCAUUUCUCCAUUUCUGUAAUAUGAAUUUGUUCAUGAGAGCAAGUGGUGCUUGUCAUUUUUAUUUUUAUAAAUGUGCAAGCAAGGCAGUGCCCCUGUUUAUUCAUUUAGUUAUUUGCUAUGUGAGCCCCCCUUGUGUGUCUACUCAUCCUGAGGUUGUGCUCAUUGAAAAUCAAUCUAUAUUCAACGGUGCAACUAUGUCCAAUCCUUUCAUUGUUUAUGCAUCCACUCGCAUUAAA